AUGAAAACAACAGAUACAGCUGGCCAAAGCCCCAAAAAAGCUUCGCCGGGAGGAAAAGCAGCUCAAGAUUUAGAAGCUCUGAUAACAAAUGAUCUGGAGAGAAAAAUUGUAGAAGCGUUUGAAGUAUUUGAUCACGCGGGUAACAAAACCGUGGAUAUUAGAGAAGUUGGUACCAUCAUAAGAUCUUUAGGCUGUGUUCCCACUGAGGCAGAAAUUCAAGAAAUUAUUGUAAAUGUCGAAGACCAAGAAACGUCUGGCAGUGUCCAUUUGUUUAAAUUUCUUCCAUAUGUUGCUGCUGAGAUAUCUGAAUAUAAAAUGCAACCAGCUUCGGCCGAAGAAUUACUCAAAGCGUUUGAAACGAUUGACAAAGAGAAUAAAGGUUAUAUCCUAAGAGAUUAUAUGGAAAAGUUGAUCAUGGAAGAAGGAGAACCCUUUACGAGAGAAGAAGUGGACGAAAUGAUGACGGUGGCAAAAGACCCUGACUCAGGGAAUGUUAAUUACGAGUAUUACAUUAAUCAGAUAAUGGUGAAAGUUGAACCAAACAUAUACACCCUUAUUCCUCCUCCCGAAGAAAAACCCAAGCGGGAACUCGGUGCUGGCUUGAUUUAA